AUGAUUACUACAAAAUCUACAACACCAACAAAAUCUACAGCAUCAUCUAACCCUACACCAACAACUACCACAAAGUCUACUAAAACAACACCAGAACCUACCACAUCAACACCACAACCUACCACAUCAUCUACCCCUAUAACGAUAACAACUGAAAUAAUACAUACUGAAGUCACAUUAAGUGCAUCGCCUCAAAUAACCAAACACCAAAUCUACACAUCAACACCAGAACCUACCACAUCAUCUACCCCUACACUGAUGACUACUUCAAAAUCUACAACACCAACAAAACCUACAGCAUCAUCUACCCCUACACCAACAACUUCCACAAAGUCUACUAAACCAACACCAGAGACUAUCACAUCAUCUACUCCUACACCGACAUUUACCACAAAGUCUACUAAAACAACACCAGAACCUACCACAUCAUCUACCCCUACACCGACGAUUACUACAAAAUCUACAACACCAAAAAAACCUACAGCAUCAUCUACCCCUACACCAACAACUUCUACAAAGUCUACUAAAACAACAUCAGAAUCUAUCGCAUCAUCUUCUCCUACACCAACAAUUACCACAAAGUCUACUAAAACAACACCAGAAACUACCACAUCAUCUACCCCUACAUCAACAACUACCACAAAGUCUACUAAAACACCAGAACCUACAGCAUCAUCUAAACCCACACAAACAACUUCCACAAUGUCUACUAAAACAACACCAGAACCUACCACAUCAUCUACGCCUACACAAACAGCAUCCACAAUGUCUACUAAAACAACACCAGAAACUACCACAUCAUCUACUCCUACACCAACAACUACCACAAAGUCUACUAAAACAACACCAGAAUCUACCACAUCAUCUUCUCCUACACCAACAACUACCACAAAGUCUACUAAAACAACACCAGAACCUACCACAUCAUCUACUCCUACACAAACAGCAUCCACAAAGUCUACUAAAACAACUCCAGAACAUACCACAUCAUCUACUCCUACACUGAUGACUACUACAAAAUCUACAACACCUACAAAACCUACAGCAUCAUCUACCCCUACACCAACAACUUCCACAAAGUCUACUAAAACACCUGAAACUGUCACAUCAUCUACCCCUACACCAACAACUACCACAAAGUCUACUAAAACAACACCAGAACCUACAACAUCAUCUACGCCUACACAAACAGCAUCCACAAUGUUUACUAAAACAACACCAGAAACUACCACAUCAUCUACUUCUACACCAACAACUACCACAAAGUCUACUAAAACAACACCAGAAUCUACCACAGCAUCUUCUCUUACACCAACAAUUACCACAAAGUCUACUAAAACAACACCAGAACAUACCACAUCAUCUACUCCUACACUGACUACUACAAAAUCUACAACACCUACAAAACCUACAGCAUCAUCUACCCCUACACCAACAACUUCCGCAAAGUCUACUAAAACACCUGAAACUGUCACAUCAUCUACCCCUACACCAACAACUACCACAAAGUCUAUUAAAACAACACCAGAACCUACCACAUCAUCUACUCCUACACCGACAUUUACCACAAAGUCUACUAAAACAACACCAGAAACUACCAUAUCAUCUACUCCACCGACAACUACCACAAAGUCUACUAAAACAACACCUGAAACUACCUCAUCAUCUACCCCUACACCAACAACUACCACAAAGUCUACUAAAACAACACCAGAACCUACCACAUCAUCUACUCCUACAUCAACAACUUUCACAAAGUCUACUAAAACAACACCAGAACCUACCACAUCAUCUACCCCUACACGAUGACUACUACAAAUCUACAACACCAACAAAACCUAAA